AUCAGCCCGACCCGACUUGCUAUUAGUGUAGGUUGGAUUACGAUUUUUGAGCCCAUUUAAAAUUGAGGCUUAUAAGCUCGGCCCAAGUUAGCUCGCUCGCCGUUGAGGCUUGAUCGAGGUAAAGUUGGGACGGUUCGUUAGACCAAAAGGCUAGUUAAUUAUUUAAAUUAAAAAUAGGGCAAACAAUAUAAAUUUCGAUACUGCGCCGCAUUCUUUGUGUUUCAAGCAGAACCCAUUUUCAGAUCUUUGAUGAUAAUGGAUCCAUCAAAGAAGCCUUUAACAAUUCCAGAAGCACUUUCCUUAUUGAAGGAAAAUCAGACAGUUAAAGAAAAAUAUUUCCCCUUUGUGGAAAGAAUUUUAAUGGAGCGUCAAAAAAGACAUGAGGAAGAACUAAAAGAAAGAGAAAAAAUGUAUACAAAUAUAUUGGAAAAGCUUGCUAAGGAACAUGAAGAGAAUGUCAAUAUGCUAAAUGAGACAAUUAAUAAAUUAAUGAAUGAGAUAAAUGCUAAUGAAGCUUAUUAUGAGAAGCAAUUCAGAGAGAUUUUGCAUAGUGUUUCUAUUUUGAAGGAAGCUGAUGAGAAAAAAAAUGCUGCAGAUUGCAAUGGUGAAUCAAAAAAUGAAGAUUUGAAGACGAACACACCUGGCUCAGCACAUCACUAAAUCCAUCCAGUUCAGCUGUUGGUGAGCCCCAACUACUCUGGAGGCCCAGUUUAGUAUUUUUACUUUCAGUUCAGUUAUUAAGGUCUGACAAGGCCUUGUCCUGAUAGACUUUAUUUAUUUUCUUAAAGAUUUCAUAGACAGAUGUAGCUGUCAGACUCAGUUGUAAUUCAUUCUUAUUUCGCAUGUCUUUGGAUUUCUAUAACUACUCUUUGAAAGUUCUAGUUUUAUGAAAUGAAUUUCCUUUAUUA